ACAAAAAUGUCAAAGCGGUGACAUAAGAAACUGGACCACCAUUUUUUCAGUAAAAUGUUCUAAUCGUGCAGCUAAGACCAAAAUACAUUUAUAAAACACUAACAAAAAUUCAAAAAAAUGAUAUUAACGAAGUAAAUAUUAUAUAUUUUUACACCGUUUACUGAAGACACUUCAUUUCCUGCAGAAAAAUGGCUUCCGUGUGUUGCGCAUGUAAAGAUACCGGCAGGGGUAACGCCGCCCCAGGUCGCGUGGGCAGGAACAGUUUACCUCUCAUCUGCCUGGUGCCACACACGGAAAAUCUCACUGGGAGCUCCGCCCGUACUGCCCCAAGAGGUCCAGCACCGAACGUCGCGACAGACCAAAAUGAUUUCCAACUUCUUGAUGAAAAUUACAUUAAGAAACAUUUCAAACUACCUCCAAGGGCUCUGUACCUUGACCCGUUUAGGCGGCCCCUAAUCACGUUCCCUUUAAGUCAAGAGGGUUCGAAGAACUUCAAUUUGGCGAGCAAGCAAAAAAUUAAUCAACAAAUUUUGGACGGUUAUUUGGAUCCCAGUGAAGCCAUUUCUGCACCAAGUGUCUUUCCAUAUGAUACAAGUCAUAAAUCUGAAAAAGCUAAAGCUGAGGAAGAAGACGAAGAAAUUAUUUAUAUCCUGCAACUACCUGAUUUCGAAUAUAAAUGUCCAAUUCAUAACGAAACAGUGAAAACUCCACGAUUUAUAUGGCACUCGUGCAAGAAACAGAAAAAAUCUAAAUUAACUGAACGUGUUCCCGGAGGCGGACCGUUAAAUAAACCGAAACCUUGGAUACUAAGUAGAAUCACAGAUUUCGAUUUAUUGUCUCAGUGGUAACUUUCUUGAGUUGAAUACGUCGAGCCUAUGCUUCUUAACCAUAAUUUAAACUUGUCAAAUAAAUAAAUCAC